CUCUCUCAUAUGAAGCUUUUGCGAGGAAAGCUGUGCGAGGAAAGCUGGGCAUGAAGGCUUGUACUUGUUAUCAAAGAUUAAUCUUAAUCCAUUAUACAUAGAUUUUAAUGUUGAAGUUUCAAGCUUUGGGGUUCAUCAAGAUCUGUUCAUGCCUUAACAUGCAAGCUUGAGCCACAUGCAUAAAGAACAGGCCAGAUGGACACAACAUCUGUAAAAUGUCUUAUCAACAGCAUUUCUCGGUUCAUUCUUCUAGUUUCAUGCCAGACCAUGAAGCCUUUGCCUAUUCAGAAGGAUUACAGAGAUCUAGUUGGUGUAUUAAAGCCAUUGAAAGCAGUGCUUGAUGAAGUUGUUGAUUACUUAAUUCCUUCAGAUGAAAUCCUAUGUAAACAGUGUGAAGAACUGGAUAUGGCUGUUAAUGAGGCUAGGGAGUUUAUUGAAAACUGGUCUCCAAAAAUGAGCAAAAUUUGCAGUAUUCUGCGGAGUGAGCCAUUGCUGAUGAAAGUUCGGAGCUCAUCUCUUGAGAUUUGUCACAUAUUAUGCAGAUUAAUACAGUCAUCUCCAUCUACUUUAGCUAGUGUGCAGCACUGUAUGCAGGAACUUCAAUGUCUGAAGCCAGAAAGAAUAACAGAAUAUAUAGGAGAGGCUUUGAGAAGUCAAAGAGAUAAUAUGGUUCCCUGCACCGAACAUCUUAUGAAGAUUAUUGAAUUGCUUAGUUUGACAUCAAACCAAGAGCUCUUGAAAGAAAGUAUUUCUGUGGAAAAAGAGAGAGUAAAUGCCCAAGUCAACAAAGUGAAAAGGGAACUAGAUCAAAUCUACCAAAUUGUGAAUCUUGUCUCUCAGAUUCGUGAUUGCAUGAUGAAAACUCAGUGCUUUAAAGACACAAGCGGUGUCUCAAUUCCUUCAUACUUCUGCUGUCCUCUAUCGUUGGAACUCAUGUUGGAUCCUGUAAUUGUGGCUUCUGGUCAAACCUAUGAGAGGUCUUCUAUCCAAAAGUGGCUUGAUCAUGGGCUGACUAUUUGCCCAAAGACCCAUCAAACACUCGCACACACAAAUCUCAUCACCAAUUAUACAGUAAAAGCCAUGAUAGCAAAUUGGUGUGAUGAAAACAAUAUAAAGCUUCACAACUCUGAGUGCACGAAUUUUGUCUCAUUGCCAUCCCCAUCAGAUCAUGUUUCUCCUCGAGGUUUAAUCCACGCAGUUCAUUCCCCUUGUUCUUUACACAAUAGCAAUUCAACAUCAAGAUCAAAUGGAUUUGAGAAGAAAAAGAGUGAUGUCUCUCCUAGAUUAAGUGGAGAAAAAUCCAAUGGAUGCCAAAGCAGGGAGACAGAAAAGUUUGAACAUACAUCCCCAGAACAGUCUUAUAUUCAUAGCAGGAGUGAAUCAGCAUCGAGUGCCGUUUCCAGCAUCGAUUAUAUGCCUCCAGAAACGGAUGAUGUGUCAAGAAUAUCUAAUAAGCAUGAAAAUAUGAAUGAGUUGUCUGGAGAAAUCACAAUUGAAUGUCCUCCUGCUUCUCCUCAAUAUAAAGAACAGGCAUCAUCUCCUUGGUUAUCAGGAAAGAAAUUUGACAGCUCCCAAACAAAAGUGGAAGUAGCAGGGAAUGGAAACCAUAAUUACUUAAGAGCAAACUCACUCCCACUUUCUGACUCGGGAUCUGAUGAGUUAACCACAACUUCCCACAUCAAGAAAUUGAUUGAAGACCUUAAGAGUCAUUCAAAUGAAGUGCAAACUACAGCUGCUGAAGAAUUGCGGCUUCUUGCAAAGCACAACAUGGAGAAUCGCAUCCUUAUAGGCCAGUGUGGGGCUAUUGCACCUUUGGUUUCACUGCUAUAUUCAGAGAAGAGGCUAACACAAGAGCAUGCUGUGACAGCCCUUUUAAAUUUAUCAAUUAAUGAAACUAAUAAGGCUAUGGUUGCAGAAGCUGGAGCUAUAGAACCACUUAUCCAUGUUCUGGAAACGGGAAAUGAUGGAGCCAAAGAAAAUUCUGCAGCAGCUCUAUUCAGCCUCUCUGGAUUAGAAGAAUACAAAGCAAAAAUUGGUCGUUCCGGUGCAGUUAAAGCACUGGUGCAUCUUCUAGCCUCAGGGACUCUAAGAGGGAAGAAAGAUGCUGCUACUGCUUUGUUUAACCUAUCAAUUUUUCAUGAAAAUAAGGCUCGUAUAGUUCAAGCAGGAGCUGUUAAGUGCCUUGUGGGGUUGAUGGACCCUGCUACUGGGAUGGUUGACAAGGCUGUCGCUCUCCUAGCAAACCUGUCUACUAUUGGGGAGGGGCGUUUGGCAAUUGGGCGGGAAGGGGGUAUCCCAUUACUAGUUGAGGUUGUUGAGUCAGGAUCUCAGAGGGGAAAGGAAAAUGGUGCUUCCAUACUGUUGCAACUCUGCCUCCACAGUCCCAAGUAUUGUACCCUGGUUCUGCAAGAAGGAGCUGUCCCUCCCUUGGUUGGCUUAUCUCAGUCUGGCACACCAAGAGCAAAGGAAAAGGCACAGCAGCUUCUCAGUCACUUCCGGAAUCAGCGAGAAGGGGCCACAGGGAAGGGAAAAUCAUAAAGAGACAAAUUUUGUUGGUUUGUUGCUGCUCAUAUCUUUAGCAUUUUUAUCCUCAGUUGCUCUUCUUUGAGACGCUCCUUUAGGGUUUUUUUCUUACAUUCUUUCGUACUCGAUUGUAUCCAUUUGCAGCCUAGUCUUGAUUUUUUCUUUUCCUCCAUUAUGGUGGAUAGUGAUGGAUUUCUUAUGAAGUGCAUAAUGGGAUUGGAUUUUAAACUUAGGUCUGUUAGAUUCCCUGAGAACAUAGAUUGGCCACGUAUAAUGUAGUCAGCAUGGUGUUUAUGCUGUUUUUAGGUCUUCAGUGUUGUACAUAUUGUUUAUAUCCUACAGUAUUUAUGCUAUAUAUAGACUCUCUUGUAAAUCUGCUCCAGAACCACAGUAUCGAUUUAUGCUAUUUGUUGUGCCAAA